AUGGCAUUCACACAGUCACUCUUCUCAAAGGCCUCUCUUUUCCAAACAAUCCACCACAGCAACCAGCGUCCUUCCAUGGCAUUCACACCGACACUCUUCUCAAAGGCCUCUCUUUUCUCUUACAGAAGAAACCUUUGCAUACAAUUAGCUUCUGCUUUUCACGAAUUCCAGCCCAACAAGAAGUGGAGGCCACCGGCGGCAUCAGUUCUCAAGCUUGGUGGCGUCAAGAUUGCCAAAGAUGGAGAAGCUAUUAACCUCGAGAAGAGCAUAGACAUCUUGCUAUUUUGUGAAAUUAGGGUAUUGGAGGCAAAGGAAGACCUCAAAAAUGGGAAACUUGUUGAGGCUUUGAGAUAUUACCCUCCAUGUUACAAGGACAUGAGUUUUUGGAUCAGCGAUUCAUUUACUGAGAACAACCUCUGCGAAGUUGUUAGAGGUAUCGCUGGGGAUCUUGUGGAGGAGGUGAAAUUGAUAGACAACUUCACCAACAAGAAAGGAAUGACCAGUCAUUGUUAUAGGAUAGCAUAUCGAUCAAUGGAGCGUUCUCUCACGGAUGAGGAGAUAAACGACUUGCAGUGGAGGGUACGAGAACAAGUCGAGACCAAGUUGCUUGUUGUUCUUAGAUGA